GUAAAAACACCAAGAACCCCGCAUUUUCAACUCUUUUGUACUAUACAUAUACCUACCUCAACUAACACUAACAGCGACUAAACAAUAAAUGGCCAAUCGAGUACCCUACUUCUUCUACGCGCCUACGUGGGACUACCCACCCAACGGGCCCAUAAAGCUAGGCAGCGUGCUCACAUCGCUUAAGAAGCCCGAACGACCGCUAUAUACCGCAGCCCCUUCGGCGCAUGCCAAUGUCUUUUCCUCACAGAAGAGCCAGGUCGAAUUCUCGCGCGAGAAGCUGAAUUCGGGACAGUUUUCUAUAGUAACGAAGUUUCUAAGUUUCCUCGGAGUGGGAGUAGAUGUUGGUGUAGGCUGGGACAUUAGUGAGGGAGAGGCAUUCAGCUUCGACCGGAUUGAGACGACCCAAUUCUUCCCGAACCAAGAUUAUCUCCAACGAUGCAUUGAAGCCGACCCCGUUCGUCGGUACCUGGAUAAAUCUCGCUACAGAAAGCCAGUAUAUAUAAUCACAGGUAUCAAGACUGUUACUGGUGCUAAAGCCAAGUCUUUCAAGUCUCGAGGCGUGGGUGGAAGUCUGGGCGCCGAAGUUGAUGGCAGGGUUUGGAGCGGCGGAACUGUUCCCAUCAGCAGCGGGCCGACAAUAGAGGUGAAUCAUGGGAGGAAUACGGACAUGUCCUGGGAAGGCAGCAGUGACUUCGUCUUUGCUUUUCGAGUCCGGAAGGUUCUCGUGGAAAAGAAAACGGGAGUCGUAAGUAAGGAUGAGGACUAUAGGCGUGGCGCUAUGCUGGAGAGGGAGCAUAACACAUUUGAGGUUCCAGUCCUUUCUAUCUUAGAAGAGGAUCCAGUCCUUUCCAUCUUAGAAGAGGACCCAGAAUUGGAACAGGAAGGCUUCAGCAAGGAAGAAUUGAUGGAAGGUGAUAUGUCCGUCAUCUGCGCUGUUCCGCAUCCACGGACAGGUGGAGAGGACGAAGAGUAGACAAGCCGUGGAAGCGAAGGGAAGCUGACAUUUAAACGUAGCAUCAUGUAGGAGAUAUGAAUAUAGU